AUGACUUCUGUUUAUUCAAUUGUGUCCAUUGGAUUUAUGAUAUGCGUUUUGAGUAAAUACAAUCAAAGUGUGGCUUUAAAAGUAGAUGUCACAAAAGAAACAAAUGCCUUUACGGAAGCUCGGUCAAACAUAGAGAAGAUGAGGAAUCAAUCAUGUGACGUUCCGAUUCCUAAACUUUUUGUAGUGAAUAAAUUUUAUCCUUUACCAAAUGGAAGAUAUUGGCCGCAUUGUGUGAUUCUACACAGGUGUGAUAAAGAUGCCGGGUGCUGUGGUACGGAUGAUAAGGUAUGCGCCAAACAGGACAGCCAAAUUGUACAUCUGCACAUAAUUGCUUUGCAACAUAGGCAAAAACAAGCUGUCUUUAAGAUGUCUUUCGAAAAUCACACGAGUUGUUCGUGUCAAAGUAUCCGAGAUCUCCAGACGACGCCGGAAGUUUAUCAAAUCAGCUGA